AUGCGCCCACUACGAGUCUUCAAUGCACCGUUCGUAUCUCCUAUGGGUGUGGAUCUGUAUAAAUAUACCGGCAAGUGCUCUUCCGUCGUCGAGGCGCGUCUGCUGCGGUUCUGGGAGGUGAGGAAUGUCAAACGCGGCGGUGAGCUGAUGUGGGUCGACAUGCUCCUUAUGGACGUGAAUGCGACUAUAAUGCAAGCCACCAGCAACGCUAACCGGCUUUCAACAUUCCGUGAAAGGCUCUCCGCCGGAACCAUGUAUUCCAUCUCCGGCUUUGUCGUGGCUCGAUGUGCUCAGAACUUCAAGCUUACCGAACCGAUCCGGUAUCUCCCUUACCUGAAGAAGGAUUUCGGUUCCGUAACCAGACCGAGCUGGUUGGAUUGGCUAACACGAACAAUCAGCUUCCAGAUGUCGGUUUAUCCAUGUAUAAUACUAAUACCAAUCUCCAAUUUCGUAGAUAUCAUAGGUGAGAUCAGUGCGGUGAAGAGCACCGUGAGUGAACCUCCGGAGGAUAAAAAAAUCGUGUCAUGUGAUGUGUCUGUUACACUUAGCCUAUUCGACUGUCAAGCUGUUUUGUUUCACAAAAAGCUUGAAGGCAUGCGUGAUGAUCCAAAGGUGAUUGUUGCCACGAACAUCAAUCCGAAGAUGAUUGGAGGUCAUUUGUUUCUCAACGCAACAUCAGGGACGCAUGUUUAUUUUGAUAAGGAAACCAAUGCAAGAGAAUCUUUCUUCUAUAGAUUGGUGGCUAGGGACACUGGUCUUACACCUGCUGCACCACUACUGAGGGCAUAUGCAAAGGUCGAGUCUAUGACAAUCGCCGAGCUAAACAAUUUUGUCAUCACUGCUCCAUCACAGGAAAUCGAUUUCUUAUGCACUGGAAGGGUCUCGAGCGUUGACGCGGACAAGGGGUGGUGUUAUGUUGCAUGCUCUAAAUGCAGUAGGAAGUUGCAGCGCUCUGUCGCUGCGUUCGAGUGUGCGCGAUGCAAUAAUUCUCACGCUGUUGGAUCUCUACGUUAUCGUGUCGAGAUGGUGGUAGCGGAUGAAACCGCCGAAGGGACAUUCGUCUGUUUCGAUGGUGUGAUGAAGAAGUUACACAAUCUCAGAGCAAGUGAGGCUGGUCAGAUGUUGGCUGAAGAAGGUGUCAAUCCUGAAGACUCUAUUAUGCCUCCGUUCAUUGCUGAUAUGGAUGGCAAGACUUACACUUUUCAAGUUAGAGUCACAGCGUACAACUUCACUGUCAAUCAUCAAUCAUUCACCGUCUCUCGCAUCAUCAAUGAGAUUGAGCGCGUUCCAGCCCCUGACUUUGUCGAUAAUGUAGGGGAUGAUGAUGAUGAUGAUAAGCCAGAUGUCAAGAAAGGACAAGGAAAGUCUGCAUCCGGCGAUGGCGUUUGUGAGGCAUCAAAGAAUGCUGGAAAGGAUCCAGUUCGUAAUGCGCAUAAGAAGGUGAGUGUUGCUUGA